GAUGAGGAGGGAGCUAUCAUCACCUUGUUGGAAGGGAACCAAUGGGAGGAGGCUCUUCGAGUGAUUAACAAGUACAGCAGGAUAGAUAUUAUCGACACCAACUUCAAACCUGCUCUGUUGGAAGCCUCUCAGAGACAGCUGGCCUUCCUACAGGAUAACAAAGCACUGUUCACCAGACAUAAGGACAGACUUGCUGUGGUGAGAAAAGAGAAGGCCAAGGCUUGCACAGAAAUCUUAGGUGACGACCAUGCAGACCAGGACGUUGACCUUUACUCUGACACCAGCAGUACCACCAGGACCCACUCUUCCCACAGCUCAGCCAAGUAUUCAGCCACCUCCAAAACAUCAGGACGAACAGCCAAGAGCCGUAGGAAAGCAGAACGAAAGAAGCUUAGUCUCCGGGAGGGCAGCCCAUAUGAGGACCAUGCAUUACUGGUUGCACUAAAAGACAUAGUAGAUGCUGUAGACAAAUCCAAAGAUGAUGUGCAUAAUUUGCUGAAGAUGUUGGUACUGUUUGGGUUUGACUGUGAGGCUGGAGUGCUGCAGGCCUGUUUGGAGGGUACCCUGAGUCUGAUGGACAGUUGUACAGCAGAGAUCUGGCAGACUGGUAGUGGCAGUGCUCAGACACAAAUGACCCUUGGCCCACACUCAACAGUUAACAGUAUCCUGGCAUCUAUGAAUGCUGGACCACAGCCUGUAGACCCAGUACCACCAGAAGCAGGUCAGCUGCGGAGAAGUGACCGGGUGAAGCGCAAGCCGGAUUGGUUUCACCGGGAUCCCAGGUACGGCUUUAGGGCCCCCCUCCCCACUGCCGCCGCCACCACCACCAGCGGCCUUAGUACCCCACUGCCGCCGCCAUCACCAGCAGCGCAGCGGUACCCGCAGCACCGCCGCCACCCGCGACCCGACCUGCAGCACCUGUCUUGCCGCCACCACCACCAGCGGCAAGACAGCGCCUCGCCACACCGGGGGCAGCCGACCUUGAGAUCUGGAGGCCGCGGGCCUUCAGUCCUGUUUGGAGUGAGAGUG